UCUGAAAACGUGUUGCCGACGGAAAUUCCUGAAAAAACUACAGUAAACUCCGACGGCGACUCGUCAUCGAAUUUUGAUUCUCCGCAGCUUCAAAUUAGUGAUAUAAAUGAUUUGGGUAAUAUUAACUCUGGUCCAUCACGUCCAAUUAUGAAGGUAGAUAUUAUGUAUUUGAGAUAAAUAUUGGCAAUAUUGCUUAGGUAGCUUAUUUUUUAUUAAAGUUAUUUGCAUGCUAAAAUGUAUAGAGUGACUAUAGUGACUACUACUUUUAAUUUAUGCUCCAGUCUUAUCCAAUGACAAAAUUUGGUCAACAAAACCGUAGUUUUAAUGCAUCAUAUUACGACUGCUUUGAAUGGCUUGAAUAUAGUGUCAUCAAUGACGCUUUGUACUGUUUUGCUUGUCGUAUUUAUGGUUCUGGGAACAAUACCGAAGAUACAUUUACCAAAAUUGGUUUUAAAAAAUGGAAUAAAGUAAACAUUUUAAUAAUUAAACUUAAACAAUUUUAUUGAAUACAUUUGUUUUAUUUAUUACGUUUAAAUUUAAUACAGCUAAGUGGUUCAAGAGGAUCUAAAAAAGGCCACCAAAGUAGACUUCAUUCUCAUGCAACAACAAAAUAUCAUCUGACUAAUAUGGAAAAAUGGCAGUCACAUAAAAACAUUGAUAAAACUGGUAGUGUAAUGUCACAGGUUUCUUCUCAACAUAAGCUACUUAUUGAAAGUAAUCGUAGAUAUAUAAGAACUUUGUGUGAAGUGACACUGUUUUUGUGCAGACAAGGCCUAGCAUUUAGAGGCCACAAUGAAGCUCCCAGCUCCAUGAAUCAAGGAAAUUUUAAAGAAGCCUGUAAUAUGAUAUCUAAAUUAUAUCCUGAAUUUGCCCAGAAAUAUAAAGAGAAAACAAAUUAUACUAGCCAUGGAGUUCAAGAUGAGCUUAUUAAUAUUUGUGCAGGUUUAUCAAAUGAUACCAUAAUACAAGAAGUUAAAGAUGUGGGCAUAUUUGGAAUAAUGUGCGAUGAAGCUAGGUGUUUUAAAGAUGAGCAAAUGGCUUUAUGUUUGAGAUACUGCAAAGGGUUAGAAAUCAAAGAAAGAUUUAUUGGUUUCAUUGAUUGUUCAUAUAAACAAGAUGCAGAGACUUUAAGUAAAACUAUGUUAGAUUACCUCAAGCAAUGUAAUUUAAACCCUCAAUUGGCAAUUGUAGCCCAGUCGUACGAUGGGGCCAGCGUUAUGUCUGGGCGAUUUAAUGGUGUCCAAGCAAAGAUUAAAGAAAAACAUCCGUAUGCAAUUUUUACACACUGCAUGGCACACAAAGUUAAUUUAGUAGUUCUAGAUAUGUGUAAAAUAGUAAAGGUAUGAAUUAAUUAUUUUA